AUGGAGACUUGGGCUGGCUUUUGCCCAGGCUUGCACUUAUCUCUGGGUAUCUGGGUGGUGAUAGCCGCUCAAACCCUACACAAUGCCAAGGCGGAGAUAACUUGCGCAUCUUGUGCGUCGCCAGUUCAACUUCACGUGGGAGAAUUGGAGCUGGGUAUGAGCACUGACCCGAAAGAGGAGCCGGGCACCCUAAAAAACAUCCGGAUAGAGUUUCGGGAACUCGCGGAUACCGACCAAAAUACUGGAGUGGACGCCGACCAUGAGACAGGCGUUUCUGUGGAGGAUGUGCCCCGGUUCCCUCAACACGUCAGUUUAGUUGGAGUUGGCGCAAAGGAAGACGCAUCGGGGUCCAGUGAAUUAAGUCACCGCGGCAGUGAGAGGGCAGGGGAGCCCGAGAAGAGUGAGGGUGCUGCCCUUCGAAGAGCGAAGAGAAGCGGUCCGGAGUUCUCCGAGUUCAGCGAGAACGGGCGGACCGGCCGGACCGACAUGGAUGCGGCUGCUCCGGAGGAUCGGGGCUCCUUGUUUGAAGGACACAAGCAGGGCAGGUCCGAGUUCAGAUGGAACAGGGAUGAAGCGAGAGGGAAUAACCGGCAGGAUGAGCCCAAGCUGACCAGCAGCACUUUCUCUCUGGCAGGGGACUCUGCGCAUAACCACGCGGUGGUUUACUGGUCAGGACAGAACAGCAGCGUGAUCCUGAUCCUCACCAAGCUGUAUGACUUUCAUAUUGGCAGCGUCACUGAGAGCACUCUUUGGAGAUCCACCGACUACGGCUCCACAUACGAGAGAAUGAACGACCGGGUCGGAACCAAGACCGUCCUGAGUUACCUGUACGUCUGUCCCACGAACAAGAGAAAGAUCAUGGUGUUGACGGAUCCAGAGUUUGAGAGCAGUGUGCUCAUCAGCUCCGAUGAGGGAGCCAGUUACCAGAAGUACCGCCUCACUUUCUACGUCCUGAGCCUCUUGUUCCACCACACAGAAGAGGAUUGGGCCUUAGCCUACAGUCACGACCAGAAGUUGUACAGCUCUGUGGACUUUGGAAGAAAAUGGCAAAUCAUUCACGAACGUGUCACACCAAACAGAUUCUACUGGUCUGUCUCCGGCCUCGACAAGGAGCCAGAUCUGGUGCACAUGGAGGCUCAUACACCAGAUGGAAACGUGCAGUAUGUCACAUGCAGAGCUCCAAUGUGCACAGAAGCUAACAGGAACUACCCGUUCCCCGGAUACAUCGACAUCAGCUCUUUGGUGGUUCAAGAUGACUACAUAUUCAUACAGGUUCCUACAUCAGGACGAGCCACCUAUUACGUGUCCUACACCAGAGACUCUUUUAUACAAAUCAAACUACCCAAAUAUUCCCUGCCUAAGGAUUUACACAUCGUCAGCACCGAUGAGAAGCAGGUGUUUGCGGCGGUGCAGGAAUGGAACCAGAACGACACCUACAACCUCUACUUGUCUGACACCAGAGGGAUCUACUUCACCUUGGCCAUGGAAAAUGUCAAGACCACGAGGGGCAUCGGAGGGAACCAGAUGCUGGAUCUGUACGAGGUGGCAGGAAUCAAAGGCAUGUUGAUUGCUAACAAGAGGCAAGACAACCAGGUCAAGACCUACAUGACCUACAAUAAAGGCCGGGAGUGGAGGCUCCUGCAGGCUCCUGCGACCGACCUGGAUGGAAACGACAUCCACUGCAUACUGCCCUUCUGUUCACUUCAUCUCCAACUGCAGAUGUCUGAGAACCCUUACUUGUCAGGAACAAUCUCCACCAAGAACUCUGCACCAGGGAUCAUCGUGGCCACGGGGAAUAUUGGAGCGGAGCUGUCUUACAACAACGUUGGCAUGUUCAUAUCAUCUGAUGCCGGCAAUAGCUGGAGACAGAUUUUUGAGGAGGAGCACAACGUGUGGUUCCUGGACAAAGGAGGGGCCAUCGUUGCUGUCAAACAGCCGUCGGUGCCAACCAGACACUUGUGGGUCAGCUUCGAUGAGGGGAGGCAGUGGACCCAGCACAGCUUCUCCCUGGUGCCUCUGUUCGUGGAUGGGGUCUUGGUGGAGGCUGGGGCUGAGAACCAAAUCAUGACCUUCUUUGGACACUUCAGCCAUCGUUCUGAAUGGCAGCUCAUCAAGAUCGACUACAAGUCCAUUUUUAGCAGGAAAUGCACAGAAGAAGACUAUCAGACCUGGCACCUGCACAACCAGGGUGAGCCAUGUGUGAUGGGGCAAAAACAGAUUUACAUGAAGCGCAGGCCGGGGAACUACUGCAUGCUGGGAAAGGACUACUCCAGAAUCCUUUCAGCUGAGUCCUGUAUUUGUCGAGCUCAUGAUUUUGAAUGCGAUUACGGAUAUGAGCGUCGCGGCGACGGGAACUGCCGGCCAGCCUUCUGGUUCAACCCCUCCACCGUCUCCAGAAGCUGCAGCCAGGGUCAAAACUACCUCAACAGCACAGGGUACCGCAAAGUGGUGUUAAACAACUGCACUAAAGGAGUUAAAGAAAUGUACAUGGCCAGAAAGCAGCAGUGCCCCAACAGACCUCCAAAAGGACUCCAGCUGACCAGCAAAGACGGAAAACUCACGGCCAACCUGGGCAGCAACGUCACCUUCUUGGUUCAUCUGGAUGAGGGCGACUCUCUGCGCACCAACAUCCAGCUGGAUUUCGGCGAUGGCACAGCCGUGUCCUACUCCAACCUGAGCUGGACCGAGGAGGGCAUCAAACACCUCUACAAGUCGGCUGGAAUAUUCCGUGUUACAGCUCUGGCAGAGAACACGCUCGGUUACGAUUCCACCACACUCUUCCUGCACGUCACAUGCCCAGUGGAGCACGUCCGGCUUCUCGCUCCCUUCGUGGUCAUAAAGAACAAAGAGGUGAACAUCACAGCAGUGGUCCUACCCAGCCACUCACGCACUGUUACCUUCUUCUGGUGGCUCGACAACAAUACUGAGCCCGUGAUAACCUUGGACGGGAGCAUCUCACACACCUUCCCCGACGACGGAAUGCACACCGUCACUGUCCAAGUGGCUGCAGCCAACGCCAUACUGCAGGACACCAGGACCAUAGCAGUCAAAGAAUUCUUCAAAUCUCUACUUUUAUCCUUCUCCCCGAAUCUGGACGAGUUCAACCCCGACAUACCCGAGUGGAGACAGGAUGUGGGGAGAGUAAUUAAGAAGGCUUUGCUCCAAGUGUCUGACUUCCCAGAGGAGCAGCUUCUGGUCGCCGUGUUCCCCGGCGUUCCAACAGCUGCCGAGCUCUUCCUGUUACCGCACAAGAACCAAUCAGAGGGCAAGAAAAAGAGCGAGGAGGUGCUGGAGCAGGUAUCCGAUAUAAUCGUGAGCGCGCUGAACCAAAAUCUGGUAGAGUUCGAGCUCAAGCCGGGCGUGAGGGUGAUUGUGUACAACACACAGUUAACACUGGCACCGUUGGUGGACUCCAACCCCAGACACAGCAGCUCCGCCAUGCUGAUGCUCCUCUCAGUGGUGUUCCUGGGCCUAGCAGUGUUCCUCAUCUACAAAUUCAAGAGAAAAAUACCUUGGAUCAACAUCUACGCUGAGGUGAACCAGGAGAAGGAGCAGGAGAUGAUCGGCUCGGUGGGCCAGGGCGACAGCACGCCUAAAAUCACUCUGAGUGAGUUCCCCACAUCCAAAGAGCUCAUGGAGAAAGAACUGGAUGCCAGGGUCAAACGAGGAGUUGGAAAUGCCUGCGAGAGCACGAGGGAGAUUCCAAACUGUACGAGCGUGUGA